GGCCGCCUGCGCAGGCCCGAGGCGGGCGGCCGGCGGGGGCCUGGGGCGGUGCGGGCCGGGCGGGCGCCAUGGACGACGAGGAGGAGACGUACCGGCUGUGGAAGAUCCGUAAGACCAUCAUGCAGCUCUGCCACGACCGGGGCUACCUGGUGACCCAGGACGAGCUGGACCAGACGCUGGAGGAGUUCAAGGCGCAGUUCGGGGACAAGCCCAGCGAGGGCCGGCCCCGGCGGACCGACCUGACGGUGCUGGUGGCGCACAACGACGAUCCCACCGACCAGAUGUUCGUCUUCUUCCCCGAGGAGCCCAAGGUGGGAAUAAAGACCAUCAAGAUGUACUGCCAGAGGAUGCAGGAGGAGAACAUCACCAGGGCGCUGAUCGUGGUGCAGCAGGGCAUGACCCCGUCGGCGAAGCAGUCCCUGGUGGAUAUGGCUCCCAAAUACAUCCUGGAGCAGUUCCUGCAGCAAGAGCUUCUUAUCAACAUCACAGAACACGAGUUGGUCCCAGAGCAUGUUGUCAUGACAAAGGAAGAAGUAACUGAGUUACUGGCCAGAUAUAAGCUGAGGGAGAACCAGCUCCCAAGGAUACAAGCUGGGGAUCCUGUGGCCCGGUACUUCGGAAUAAAACGUGGUCAGGUAGUGAAGAUCAUAAGACCGAGUGAAACUGCAGGCCGGUACAUCACCUACAGGCUGGUGCAGUGAUCUGGAGCGCUGGGUGUGGAAGAGUUGUGUGACAACUGCCGAUCCUCCCAUCCACUGGUGAUUUACAGACACUCUGAGAUGUCUGCCUUUCCCUAGAUGGCCAAGAAAAUGCUCUUUCCUUGUUGCCUUUAUGCAGUCGGGUUACUUGGCCUCAUCCCUUUGUUUUCCAGCAUGGACUUUGCUGUAACUCCUUAGUUGUCAUUAAGGACUCAAGCCAUGGAAGUAACCUGAAGCAACAGAAGCGUGCAGAGUAGAAGCGAGUGGAAAAAGACCUUUGCUUUCCUAUUUUAUUUUAUAGGAACUUAUUUUUAAUAAAGAUUUGUACUCUG